UAUUUACUGAAUGAAUUGUUAUUUGUUAAAAGAAUCAAAAAAGUAUAUAGAAAUAUAUAAAAAUAAGCCGCAGUACUUCUAUUAAGAGAGUGUUUCAAGAAGUUGCCUUACAAUAUAUAACACUGGCGGCAUUUCUUCAUUUCUCCCAGUUUCUCGAGGAGUUGUGAUGCUUCAAAAAGUCAUGUCGUAACAAUCGCUAAGACAUAUUAAAGUAAAUCCGUAUCAAAAUUAAACAGCCCAUUAUCAAACAUAUCAAUCAGAAGCAAUGUCGUUAGCAUCAAAAGUGACAUUAGGCUUAGCGGUCUGCGUUUCAACAGCCAUUAUAGGAUAUGUUCACUAUAAACAGUCGGACGACCGUAACAAACUGCAUGAGGGUGUGUUACGUGACGUAGAGCAGCAACAACGACGCAAACACGAAAACCGUUACGCACUGCAGCAACAAAUCGACAUGACCAAACAGUUAAAAGCAGCGCGAGAAACGGAGACGAAGAAAAGUUCGGAUGUACUGGAUACACACACAACGUAAACGCUGGAGGCAC